AUGGGGCCACUUGUGAUGGGGCCACUUGUGAUGGGGCCACUUGUGAUGGGGCCACUUGUGAUGGGGCCAAUUGUGAUGGGGCCACUUGUGAUGGGGCCACUUGUGAUGGGGCCACUUGCGAUGGGGGCACUUGUGAUGGGGGCACUUGUGAUGGGGGCACUUGUGAUGGGGCCACUUGUGAUGGGGCCACUUGUGAUGCGGCCACUUGUGAUGGGGCCACUUGUGAUGGGGCCACUUGUGAUGGGGGCACUUGUGAUGGGGCCACUUGUGAUGGGGGCACUUGUGGUGGGGCCACUUGUGAUGGGGGCACUUGUGAUGGGGCCACUUGUGAUGGGGCCUCUUGUGAUGGGGCCACUUGUGAUGGGGCCACUUGUGAUGGGGCCACUUGUGAUGGGGCCACUUGUGAUGGGGGCACUUGUGAUGGGGGCACUUGUGAUGGGGCCACUUGUGAUGGGGCCACUUGUGAUGGGGCCACUUGUGAUGGGGCCACUUGUGAUGGGGGCACUUGUGAUGGGGGCACUUGUGAUGGGGCCACUUGUGAUGGGGCCUCUUGUGAUGGGGCCACUUCCACUUGUGAUGGGGCCACUUGUGAUGGGGCCACUUGUGAUGGGGCCACUUGUGAUGGGGCCACUUGUGAUGGGGGCACUUGUGAUGGGGGCACUUGUGAUGGGGGCACUUGUGAUGGGGCCACUUGUGAUGGGGCCACUUGUGAUGGGGCCACUUGUGAUGGGGCCACUUGUGAUGGGGGCACUUGUGAUGGGGGCACUUGUGAUGGGGGCACUUGUGAUGGGGCCACUUGUGAUGCGGCCACUUGUGAUGGGGGCACUUGUGAUGGGGGCACUUGUGAUGGGGGCACUUGUGAUGGGGGCACUUGUGAUGGGGCCACUUGUGAUGGGGGCACUUGUGAUGGGGCCACUUGUGAUGGGGGCCUCUUGUGAUGGGGCCACUUGUGAUGGGGCCACUUGUGAUGGGGCCACUUGUGAUGGGGCCACUUGUGAUGGGGCCACUUGUGAUGGGGCCACUUGUGAUGGGGCCACUUGUGAUGGGGGCACUUGUGAUGGGGCCACUUGUGAUGGGGCCUCUUGUGAUGGGGCCACUUGUGAUGGGGCCACUUGUGAUGGGGCCACAUGUGAUGGGGCCACUUGCGAUGGGGGCACUUGUGAUGGGGGCACUUGUGAUGGGGCCACUUAUGAUGGGGCCACUUGUGAUGCGGCCACUUGUGAUGGGGCCACAUGUGAUGCGGCCACUUGUGAUGGGGCCACUUGUGAUGGGGCCACUUGUGAUGGGGGCACUUGUGAUGGGGCCACUUGUGAUGGGGGCACUUGUGAUGGGGCCACUUGUGAUGGGGCCUCUUGUGAUGGGGCCACUUGUGAUGGGGCCACUUGUGAUGGGGCCACUUGUGAUGGGGCCACUUGUGAUGCGGCCACUUGUGAUGGGGCCACUUGUGAUGGAGCCACUUGUGAUGGGGCCACUUGUGAUGGGGCCACUUGUGAUGGGGCCACUUGUGAUGGGGCCACUUGUGAUGGGGGCACUUGUGAUGGGGGCACUUGUGAUGGGGGCACUUGUGAUGGGGCCACUUGUGAUGGGGCCACUUGUGAUGGGGCCACUUGUGAUGGGGCCACUUGUGAUGGGGGCACUUGUGAUGGGGGCACUUGUGAUGGGGGCACUUGUGAUGGGGCCACUUGUGAUGCGGCCACUUGUGAUGGGGGCACUUGUGAUGGGGGCACUUGUGAUGGGGGCACUUGUGAUGGGGGCACUUGUGAUGGGGCCACUUGUGAUGGGGGCACUUGUGAUGGGGCCACUUGUGAUGGGGGCCUCUUGUGA